CGGCCGCCGCCGCCGCCGCCGCCGCCGCUCGGCCGCAUCCCAUGUCGCUCGCACGUGACCUUCUCCUCCCCGCGCCAUCUGCUGCCUCACAUGCGCCCGCUGGACGUGGAGGCGCUGCAUCCACAGUGUGGGGCCACAGAAUAGUGAGGUAAUAGCAUACCAUAAAGUAUGACCAAACUAUAUGAUACAAAUUGAACCAUAGUGCGGCAACAAUCACCAGGUCUCCUUAUAAUGGGACUCAGCAAGACUGAAGUGAAUUUACGAAGGUUGCUCGCGGCUGCUCCGCAACAGCAAAAUCAAGCAAAGCUUAUUCAUUAUGUCACCACUUUAAGAGAACAAUUAGAGCAGCUAGGGGCAGAGACUACUCCAGAAGGAAUACCAAGUGUUUCAAAAGCAAAGCUGAAUGAAUAUUCGGAGAAGAUUGAAGCCCUCGCUGCAAAAGUAGCUGCUUCACCUCCAGAAGCUGUGAGUGAGCUUCAUGAAAACAGAGUGGAGGAAAAUUCUCCUAAAUCAGAACAGGUGCGAGAUCCUAUAACCUCUUCAGCAGGAUUAAGGAGGAGAGCCACAGCUCAUAGAGAAGUUGGAGAAGGUUCUCAUGAGCCGCAAGAGACUGAUUUAGGAAAGCCUAUUGGAUUGGAUGCAGAAGCUCAAGCUCACAUAGAGAAACAUAGAAAGCUUCAAGAAGAUUUGACUGAUGAAAUGGUUGGAUUGGCACGACAACUGAAGGAAAGCAGCCUUCUGAUGAAUCAGUCUUUGCAAGACACUGAAAAGAUUUUGGACUCCACCGAAAGAGCUGUGGAACAUAGUUUGGCGAGCACCGGCCAUGCCAAUUUGCGCACUGUGGAGGUGUCCUCAGAGACUUCCAAAACGACAUGCUUUCAGUGGCUUCUGAUCUUUGUGAUGACUUGUGUAUUUGUCAUGGUGAUUCUACUCAUCCGCAUUACUUGAAUACAUGCUUCGACCGCAUGCCUUUUUCUGUCUAGGUCCGUCUGUAGAUACCGUAACACGAAUAACCUUUUUCUUUUUGGUUUUUACAACUUCUGAGAUAAAAUUUUCUUCUAUGGACUUGAAGUUUCCCUGCCUCGCCUUACAGUAACAAGCAUAUGUGUAAUAGAGUUCCAGUCGGUGUCAUUUUGGCCCACGUAAGGAUAUUUUAAGUUCAAAAUUGUUGCCAAAAACAGGAAAAGUGUGCCAGAGCUACAAAAUCAACAAAUGAAAGUGUUUUUAUGCAAAAUCGCCUUGUGGGAUCAAUGUAGUAACUAUUUACACAGUUCUGCACAAUUUAAGCUGAUUUUGGUUGGAAA